UAUAACGUACUUUUCAGAUAUCGUGAUUUAUUGUGAUACGAGAUCAGACUCCAUUGAAGAAAAGUAUCCCAGGAGUAAUAAAGAAUAGCAACAUCUCAAUUUUGAUUAGAAUGUUUGCAAUAAGAGCAUUUAAUCAGCAAGUAAAGACAUUUGUCUUAAGUAGAAGCUUGAAGUUUUCAAGAAUCCAAAAAUGCGUAAGCCGUUGUAUGAACCUAAAAGGAAAGUGCGCACUUGUCACUGAUGGAACAAAGGGUAUAGGUGCUGUCGUUACAGGAGAAUUAUUACGAAAAAAUGUCACCGUAUAUUAUGAUUACUAUUAUUAUUUUGCUAUACUUUAAAACAGUUAUACGUGCUUAUAAAGAAAUAUUUAUUUGACUCUAGAGUGUAAUAAUUACUGGCGAGGAUGAACAAUUGGGGAAAAAGAAAGCACGUGAACUAAACGCAUGCUAUGGCCACGGAAAAGUGGAUUUCUGCAAAAUAAACGUCAACAACAUGAAUGACUAUGAAAAAACAUUCACAUGUAUCAAAAAACACUUCAAGUCAAUAGAUAUUUUUUUCAACAAUACCGAAACAGAUGACAAAAAAGACAAAAUUCAUACUGAUCUGAUACUUAAGAUCCAAGGAAUUAUAAUGGCUUAUAAGACUUUGUCAAACGAAGGCGUAAUCUUAAAUCAUACGUCAUCCCUCGGACUCAAUGUGAAAUCAGAUAUGAUCAACCACAGCGCAGCUUCAGGUGGUUUCAUAACUGCCGCAAUGGCUUUCAGUGGUACUGAAUAUUAUGAUAAAACAAAAAUCAGAAUGAUAACAUUGUGUACCGAGCCUAUUUUACCAUUAUCUGGAAACUAUAUAGAUAAAAGAAGACAGUGUAAGAAUAACAAUAAGUAUAUUAGUUCAAUAAUUCAGUCCGUAACUCAUCUCAUUGAAAAUGGAUCUAAUAAUACACUAUGGCUUUGUCAAAAAAAUGGUGCUCUGUAUUCAAUAGAAUUACAAAAUAUAAAUAGAUUCUUAGUCAAAUUUGAGCCAAAAAUGGAUGAAAAAACAGAAUAAUUGCAAUUUUAUUGGAUUUCAAGUGAAUUUCAUAUUGCCC